UUCUCGUGUCUCCCCCACUACAUGUCUCCCCUCUUCUUUUGUCUCCCCCACUACAUGCCUCCCCUCUUCUUGUUUCUCCCCAACUACAUGUUUCCCCACUUCUUGUGUCUCCCCCACUACAUCCAUCUCCUCUUCUCGUGUCUCCCCCACUACAUGUCUCCCCUCUUCUUGUGUCUCCCCCACUACAUGCCUCCCCUCUUCUUGUGUCUUCCCGACUACAGCUCUCCCCUAUUCUUGUGUCUCCCCCACUACAUCCCUCCCUGUUUCUCAUCACCCCGCCUCUCUCUUCUCGUCCCCAUCCUCCCCUGUUCCGUUCCCUGUUCCUGUUCUUCUGUCCUCUGGUAUCUCCCCAAUAACUGUGUCUCUUUCUCCCUCCCCCCCCUCCUCUCUCUCUCCAACAGGAAUCCUGGACCUUCCAGAUGUCAUCACCCCCAGCAGCAGAGAUGUCUCCUCCCCACCAGGACGGUCAUCAGAUGUCGGUGAGCAGAGCAGCAAAGGGACCUCAGAGGACACCACCCUGCCUGAUGAGGAUGUACUGGGGAAUCAAAUGGUACCUGCAGUAGCUGGGAGUGAGCUCAAUGAGGUGGACCCCACUGGGCCUCCUGCCCAGACAACAGAGUUCUCCCGGCCUCGUCGCUUCUCAUCUCUGCAGUGUCAGCCUCAGAGGGACGAGGUCAGCCGGCUGCGGGCCUCCUCUGGUAGGAGCAAGACCCAGCAACACCAGGAGGCCCUUGGCUUGCCCAACAUUGGAAACAGCUGCUUCCUGAACGCGUCCCUGCAGUGUCUCUACAGCCUGCCCUGCUUCUGCAGUGACAUCACGGGGCAGGAGGACCUCUGGAGCCCCCGGAGAAGAACCAAGCUGAAGCUGCUGAGGUACUUGGGGGAGCUAUAUAAAUCCCGGCAGGGUGAGGGCUCCUACAAAGGCAAGCGCCGGCUCCUUUGGUCCAUCAAGAGCAGUCUGGCAGAGUUCAACGAGGAGUACGAGCAUAUCACUGAGCAGGAUGCUCAUGAGUUCCUGCUCCUCCUCUUCAUGAAGAUGAAGAUGGAAGGUGAGACACUGCAGGAGAUCUCCACGUCACCCAGCUAUAUCUGCCCCGUCCAGAACUUUGAGUUCAGACUGCAGUGUGUACGCACAUGCACCAGGUAACGCUUGACUUCAUCGAACGUAUUAUUGUUGUCGCAUAAUACUACUAUAGUUCCUCCAUCAUUGAAUGAUGGAAAUCAGAGUCAAUCAAUGUUACGCCAACACUUUUG